AACGCCGCGACGCCCGCCCGCACUGGUCGUGGUCGAGUGGUCGCGGUCGUGUGCCUCGCCGGCCGCCACCAUGACGGCCUACCAUCACCACCAAGGCGAUGAAGAGUCUGUGGCCCGGGGUCGAUUCCAGACCCAGGUGUUCCAGCAGUCGGUUACUCUGACAGCGAAGAUGUGGCCUGAUGACAGUGGCACAGUGCCUCCGAGUUCUGCGGGUGGCUGGAAGUGGGGCAGCUGGCGCAUUCCGAGUGAGUACCUGCCGCUGCUGGUGGGGGCGGUGUGUGGCGGCGCGCUCCUCUUGCUCGUCCUCAUCGCCCUCAUUGUCUGGCGCUGCUGCGUUAUGCCACGCCGGGACAAGGCCUAUUGUGCAAGAGAAGAGAUGGCAGCAAGACAAAGAAGUGGUGUACCUGUUAUGCCAAGCCACUCUGCUGUGUACGCAGCCCCAAAAAGUGGGCAGUGGGCAUACAGCAGCCGUCUGGUAGUACCUGCAAACCCUGCUGCAGCAGCAGCAGCGGCUCCUAUUGUCACUGGCUCCCACUGGUUCUACAACAGCAGAGUUCUCAGUCCCAACAACCUUGAACGACUAGACCCCUGUCCCUUGCCAAGAUCUGUCAGCUGUAUGCAGGACCAAAACCAAGUCCCUCAGAGUUGUACAGACAAGAGGCGCAGACCAAUAAGCCAACCAAUCAGGUUUGGUCCUUGUGAUGUUGCAACUGGUGGAGAACCAAGGGGAAACCAUUUGCCAGAAAUUUCAGAGUUCAAUGCACACAGUAGCCAAUAUGCCUCGAGCAGCAUCUCAUAUUUGUUUACAGUUCUGGAUGAGGUUGGCACACGUGGGGGUGACCCACCCCCUGGCCCUACUGUGCUCAAGACGAGGAGCCUCCCCGCCUGGGUCAGGUCGAGAUCUCGGCCUCUCUCCACAGAAGAUAAUCUCGCUGAGCUUUAUGCUAAGGUUAACUUCAGCAAGAAGAGAAAAAACAGAAUGAGAAAUGAUGAGGCUGCCAUCAUUGCUCUCAGUAAAUCAAGGAGUCAGUAUUUACAUAAAGACACAGAUUCUUUGGUUGAUAAUGAAGCAGUAAUAGUGUAUGAUGAACGGACUGCUCUGUGAGAAGAUAAUAUUUUCCUUCAUUCUCCUGUCCUUCACUCUCCAGCUGAAGCAGUGGAACUUUUGUGCAAAAAGUCUCAGUGACAAAUGAUUGUACACAAAAUGUCUGAGAAUGUUUGCAUUGUUAUGCCAGUGAUGAUAAAACUUAAUUUUUGUUCUGGAAGUUUGAUAACAGCUCUGAUGAAAGCAGAGACACGAACAUAAGAAAGGCUUUUGGAAGUUCUUUUGAGAGAACAUGCAAAAGUCUCAGAGGCCGUUUUCUGAAUGUUUGAAAAGAGUGAGGAGAUACGUUAUUUUCUGAGUAUAAAUUUCAUUAAAACUAUCUUUGUUAGACAGUUCCACCGAUAGUGUAGAGUUUUUCUCUAAUGAUGUGACUUUUCAGCUAUUACUACAAAGAUGAUAACAAAAUACCAUAUAAAAGCCAUCUGUAUUUUAGGUAAUUUCUGUUGCUUUCACUAUUUGACAGAAGACCACAGCAACAAGCUAUGAAAAAAAUAUGCUGGAACUAAGCUUUUACAAAAGUUCUGAGAUGAUUGUGUAAUCAUCAGCAUACUUAGAUAUUGUAAUGUAAGUUUCCCUUUACUAAGCUGGGGCAGUUUAGAGAAAUAACAUUCAAAACACAGGUGACUGCUUUGUUUCAAAACUUCCGUUGUGUAGCUCCCCAUAAAUAAAGUUUACAUUCUGAGAAGUGAGUAUCCAGUGUUAAUAGUCAAGGCAGCGCAAGAUGAUCCCUGACAGCUAAGAGUGCUUUAAACUGCUAGGUUCAGAUGGCUGCAGGUGAAAACAAUAGCCAUCAAUAGAGCUGGGACAACAUUGAGGCAUUGCCACAGAGACAUUUACAAAACCGUGUUUUGUGAUUGGUUGAAGUGGAUGUGCAAAGCAGUUGCGCCCAGCCUCCUUUAACUAUCAUGGAUCACCUUACCCUGACUCUAUUAUACUAAUAUUGAAAAUAUGAAGUAUUUUUCAUUCUCGACAAAUUAUGUCAUAGAAAUAUGAAAAAAGUCAUCUGCUUUAAGUGGCAUAAUUGUUUUGUGGAAUAAACUAUUAUGUUGUAAAUCACAGUCAACAAUAUUUUUAAUGAACAGUAUGAGUUAGCAAGACAAUCAAAGCUAGUGCUAUGAUGUACUCUGUAAAUAAUAGAAAACAUCUUCGCAAUACAUAUCACCAUAUUUUUCAAAAUUAUCAUCUUGUUCAUCUUGGAUAGCAGCUAAAAACAGUCACUCGUAGAGGGCAACCCCACAUAUCAAUGGACUGUCAAUAAUAACACCCAGACUGUGAUAUCAUAAGUUUGCUAAAGUAACCAUUUGUGUCAAUUCUUGGUAAAUAUGUAAAAGAAAAAAGAUUAAAAAGUGUGAAUUGUGAGUAUGCAACUGAAUGAUGAGCUUGAAUCAACAAUAGUAAUGUAUUUAUCAUCCUAAUUUCUAGUCAUGCUCAAUAGAAGCAGAUUGUGUAAAUAAAGUUAGAAUGGAAUAGCACAAAUUCUUAUCCUUUUUCUGAAUUAUAAUGCUUUACAUAAAGCAUUUGUCUGAACUUUAUAUUUGAUCAAUUACAAAGUGAGAUUUUUUUCUAUCUUCAGUCCAAAGUGAUGAUAGUGAUUACUGGACAAUUUUGAACAGUGUAAACGUUUGUAAAUAUGCUGUCUUUGCACAUUCUUUCGCUGGAAAGCAAUAUGACUGAUAACUGGCAGGAACAUUGUAUCUGCUAUCUGCACUUACUGACAUUUGGUUUCUGAAUGAUUUUUCUCAGAGUAAUAAAGGGGAUUUUUAAUUAGAUACAAAUGUUUCUCUUUUUGGAAUUUUUAUCUCUUGAUGACAGAAUACAUGCAGGAAUUGUGUUUACCAGAUGUCUUUAAACAUAAAAGUAUUUGAUAGUAGGACAAUAAGACUAUGAUGUGUAUUUUAAGUAGAACAAUAAGCAGGAUAUAAUAUAUAGCUAAGUAGUUGAAAUUACAAUGUAAUGGGCCUAUUAACUGUGAUUGAGACACAGAAAGUACAAGAUCCUGUAUCAAUUCUGAGGUAAAAGUCACUUUUUAUACUAAUUCUAGUUGCAGAACUUUGAUAAUAUAAAUAAAGUUGUCUGGCUUCCAAAACAGACACAUUCAGGUAUUCCUGUCAGAACUGAUGAUGGAACAUAAAAUAUUUGCAAUAAAAGUUAUAUAUAUAUAUAUUUCAAUAUGUAAUUGCUGUAAUUGAUCAUUGGAGCAAAUAAUGAUCUCACAAAACUA